AUGGAAUAAAUAAUUUACAAUGAUAAUUUGGUAUUGUUACAGUAAAAAGUAUCAAGCUAUCCAAAAACUAAUGAGGAUCUUAAAGUACUUAUAAUAUUUAAACUAAGACAAUGGCAUCAAUAAUAAAAGUGACAUAAAUAUUCAACAAAUUGAAUGAACUUUAUCACCAAUAAUUAUCAUAAGAUGGGUAAAUAAAAGUAAACUCAUAAUAUUAAAUUAGCUCUGCAAUUUUUUAGAACUGGCAAAUUAUUAACUUGGCGAAGAAGUUUAACCAAGGUAAAAGUUUGUUGUAUAACUUUUACUUAAAGGAUAAGUUGAAGUUUAUUAAUUAGAGGAGGGUUACAUAUAUAACCAUGAAAAAUAUAUAACAACUUUAAAUCCCUUAUUUUAUUUAGAGGAUGACUUUUAAUUUGAUAAAAUAAAAUACUCACAAAAUCAGUUGGUAUAUAAAGUAUCAUUCAACAAUUCAUUAAUACUAAUGAUUAAUAAAAAAGAAUGUGAUGAAAUUUAUAAAUAUUAUGGAGAAAUUUUUUUAUAUAAACAUAGAACUUUAUGUAAAGUAAUACCAGGAUUAGGAGAAUUGAACUCUAAAAGAAUAUUGGAAGCACUUUCAAAUUAAUUUGAAAAUAUAAUUCUUCCUCACUGCACUUUAAUUACAGAGUAUGAAAUGCUUUUUAUUUAAGGGAAAAUUAGAUUGGAGAUUAUAUCUUUUUUUUAGCAUAGGGCCAUGUUUCAUUUCAAAAAAAUAAAGAACAUUUAUUUAAUAUAGAAGAAAGUGGAAUAAUAGGUGAUGAAUUAUUAAUAGAUCCUGAUCAAGAUUAAAAUGGUGUAUUAACAUAUGAAUAUACAGUAAUUGCCAAAUCUGCAUAAGUUUUAUUGUAUAAAAUCAAACUUAAGAUAUUUACAAGGCUUUUCCCAAAUGCUAUAAUUCGAUAAAUAAUUCUCCAACAUAAAUGUAAAUAUAGAAAGUUUGAUUUCUAGAAAAAUAAUUAAUGAGACUACUUGUUGGUAGUAAACCAAUUGAGAAAAAUAAAUGUAAUACUUCACCGACAAAUGAAAUUAAAAAGUCUAAAUCAACUUUGAUUUUAACAAAAGACUCAAUUAAAGCUUAUGAUAAAGUGGAUAUAGUUUUUUAAUAAUAUUAAGUAUGAAAUGUACACAAUGUUAUUAGGUACCUAAACAUAGUAGAGUAUUAAAAUAUAAUAAUAAUUUAUUGGAUAAAUUCAAUAAAAAGUUUAAAAAAGCAGGAAAAAAGAUUACAAUAAAUGAAUUUGUACAAUAAACAAAAUAGAGUGAUGAACCUUAAAUGAAAUUAUUAGAAAAAGUAGAGAAUCCUUAUAACUUUGCAUCAAAUGUAAAUACAGAAGGGUUUCUAAAAAAAUAUUAUUCAAAUCUUAUAAGGAUUGGAUUAGUAAAACCCCCAUUAAGAAUAGCUCCUUAAAAUUAGGAAGCAAUUUAAAGAUCAAGAGUAAUUUCAGCAAUGAAAUUAAUUGAACAUACACAUAAUUAAUUGAAACCUAAAAGAGCAACAAGUGCUGCUUAUGGAAAAACAGAUCCUUUAUUAACAAUAAAUGCUUUAGUGUCAACAAAAGAGAGUGAAAUCAAUAUGAGUACUUAGAAACAUUUAGAGAAAAAUAAAACAAUGACUACAUAUAAUCCUACACCAAGAACAUAAUCAUAACCUUAAUUAGGUUAUCAUAACAAUGUUACUCCUAGAUAUUCAUCUAUAAUGGAAACACCUAAAUGCGAUACUCCAUAAUCUAGAUCAACAAUGGCAAAAUCAUCAUAAUAAGUAUUUCGGCCAUAUUCUGGUUUUAUGGAUCAUACUUCGCGUUUGUCUUAAUAAUCAGAAAUAAAUAAGAGAUUAAAAAGACCAAAUCAAAAUUUUUUUUGA